AUGCUCAAUUUACAUGAUAGGCUUAGCAUACGGCGAUGUGUAGAGCUUUUUCGUAGUCACGAAUUUCUUUGUUUACACUGGGUGGAGCUUAGAAAUUGCCCAGAAGAAGGAAUGCCGAUGUCAUUGCGAUAUGGGAGUGGUGAAGCAGAUGAACAGAUGGAGAAGCGACGUAACAGGAAGAAUGGUUUCUGCGAGGGCUGCUUGUUGCUAGGGAUUGUUUUGCUUUGCACAGUAACCGAAUGA